AGUUUGUAUACGUCAGCACGGGCAUAGUGUACACGUCACCAACGUGGCGGUCUCACUGCAAGACGGGCAUUGACCACAGUCAUGGGUGUUCUCCGCUUGGACCGACUCGGUGGCUGCAUGUAAUCCUACUCAGUCUUACCGAUUGUUUCACACAAUAGUUCUUCUAGAUUACCGUUAUGGCGAGACAAAAAGUACAACCUCCUCCGCCGCCUCCUCCUCUGGGAAAUAAAAAGGAAACUCGCGGGAAUACGAAGGACGAGAGGAGAAAGCUCACAGCCGAAGACACGUCGAAGAAACCUAUCCUGGCGGUCUAUCCUGUCUAUCUCGGCGUCUUUCUCGGUAUAAUAGCGAUAUGUCUGCAGUUCAUGCGACCCCAGGUCAACAACUAUUACCCAUCGACUGAGCUGAUGGAUACAGUACAGAAAUUGACCGAGAAACUGGAAUAUUUUCACGUCACGUACAGUCGAGAAUUAGAACACUUCCAUCAACGCAUCCACACGAUAGAUACCCGGAUGAAAGAUAUCGACAAGGUGACACAGGAACAGUUGGAGAAAUACGACAACAAACUACUAAACGCUCGGGGUGAGAUGGCGGAGAGUGCAAUACAGAUCAAACAUUACAUCGGGAUAGUUAAUGAGUUGGAAAGUAUGGUGACGUCAUCGCGAAGUAUGAUUCAGUCGAGUAACGGCGGGAAAAUCGCGAAUCACGAAAUCGAGAUUCUGCGCAAUGGGCUAGAGAUAUUGAACGAGAAUAUUGCGAUAGAAAAAUCAGCCGUAGUUUCUAAGAUGAAAAAGUUGACAAGGGAUGGCAGACGCGAUCGGGAUAAAAUCGAUCAUCUCAGCGAAUCCCUGGAAACCAUGACAACCUCUAUUGUGACUGAAAUAAGAAUUAUUAAUAAUUCUUUAAUUGACGUGAAAGAUAUGGUGUCGCGAGGGAAAUCAGAGUGUGUGUCGAUGAUAAAUAAAUCAGUGUCCCAGUUUAAUGACGAUGGUACUUCCCUGGAGAACACCGUGAAUCGGACUGCACGCAAGAUGGCACAGCAAGAAGAUUCUUUACAAGCGAUCCAAAAUACAGUUGACGGAAUUGCGCGAGAAUUGAAUAAUUACGUGUCUCUCAUAAAAUUUAAAAACGAAACUGAAAUUUUGAAAUCAGAAUUACAAAUUAUUACCAAUGAUCUAAGUAAAAAGUCAAUGGGAUUGAACGAAAAUAUAGGAAUCGAUAAAAGCGCUCAGCUCAAUUGUCGAAAUUUGCACGCUACUGUACAAAGACUAAAAGUAGCUGUGCACAAUCUGCAAAACGAUCUAAUAGAUUCUCGUGCCUCCUGGGAAAACAUGAAUAUCACUGUGACGUCAGUAUUAGCUUGCUUAUCAGAGAACCGGAAAUCCGGUCAGGAAAACAUGAUGCUUCUCCUGAAAAAGUUGCAGAAGAAAUUUCUGAACUAUAGAGGGCAGCAGACAUAUCUGCAGAGCCAUGUGUCAAAUAUGACGGAUGAUAUAAAGAAACUGUCAGAAGAACGGAAACUUUGGAAUUAUUUUAUUGAUGCAAGGAUGAAUUCUCUACAGGACAGUUUACAAUAUCAAAAUGUUUCAAUUUUCAAUAUGGUCGCAAUGGAAAUAAAACGGGUUCAGAAUCUAGUGAGUUUUCGCGACGCGUUGUCUCGGAGCCCUAUGGGUGAGUGUAACACAAGUGGAGACAUGGAUGCAAAAAACAUCGACGCACUGACUGAUCAGUUCCGCACGUUGUUGGAAUUCAAAAUCGGAGUUUUGCAAGCACAGCUAGAUGGAAUCCGAGAAAAUAUGGGUUAUGUUGGUCACCAUGGCGACUCAAUAUAUGACACAAAGAAUUUCGUCGAAUUCAUAAAGUUCACCUUGAGAAGUCAACUUGAUUCCAUUCGUCGUGAGAUGAUAACGAAACAAGCAAAGUUCGAGCAGGAAAAUGCACAAUACCUCGAAGCUAGGCUACGAAUGUUAGAAAAUGAGGUGUCAUCUCUGAAAAGCGACGCCAGUGUGGUUAACCCGGUUCAGCGAGGUGACGACACAUGUGACAGUGACGUCAUUGGCUACGUUGAGUCCAGGCUGAACUUGCUAAGAAGCCAAAUGCAGAUUCUGGGCACGGAGCUAGAAACACAAAAGUCGAAAACGAACGAGAACUGGAAAAUACACGUACUGCAAUGGCAGCUGGAGCAAGCCAAUUCAAUGUUACUUGAACACGAACGGCGACUGAAUAAAACAGCGCAAUCCAUCAAUAAGUUCAAAAAGGUCGAUAACACGUAUUCUGCGAACUUAUCGCGUGAAGAUUUGGAUGGAAUGACAAAUUGCCAUCAGAAAUCUGUUGAAUUUGAGCACUACUUGAUGUCCGCAGAUGAGCGUAUGGACAAACAGGCAAAGCACAUCAGUGAAACGUUGCGAGUAGAAUCGGACAACUUAAAUCAAUAUAUUGCAUUUUACAACGGUUUGCGUGACGGGGAGCUGCGAGGCGUACGCAAAUCUCUAGAUAAUCACGACCAAGUAAUACAUGUUUUGCAAGAACAACUUUCGCAACGUGAAAAAGCGCCGAGUUUUCUGGGUUUUAUUCAUCAGCAAGAGUGUCAUAGUAUGAUGUCACAGGUGUAUGAGCUGGCGGAUAAAUACGAAGAGGUGGAAAGCGACUUAAAAAAAAUGUACGAUUUCCAACGAUUUCUCGAGUUUCUACACCAAUCAGACUACGAGACUAUGUCAGCGAGGACAUCAGAACUCGUUCAUCAGCACGAUGUGUUGGCAAAACUCGUUGAAGAACAAAAAGAAAACCAAGCGCUGUUGACAGAGAACAUCAAUUAUUUGUUGCAUGAGCAAGGAAGGAAAACUGCAGAGAUCAUGAAGAAGUUGAAAACAGUAAUAGAAAACAACAAAGUGCGUGCGAAUAACGAAGUUGCUUUUGUAAAUCAUACCAUAAGUAUGCUAAUUAGGGACUUAAAGAAAAAUGUGAGAAAACAAGAGAAAAUGAUAAAUCAACUACAGAAACAAAAUGCUCAUAACAGCAAGAGUUUGGAGAAUUUAUUGAGAAAUAACCCGACAAGCGAUGUAAAUACAUCAAAGGUGUCACGAAAAAAAUCCAAAUCCACUAAAAUAAAAACAUUAGAUUCUAAACCUGGCAACAUAGAAAUUGAAACGCAACACCUAACGAAUUUGGAAACUAAUGCGCAUAUGAAGGUACUAGCGAGAAAUGACACCGACAAAAGUUUGCCGCCAUAUUUAUUGAACAACGAGUUAGAAAGUGUCGCUUCGGUCAAACAUAAUACAACCAAGACCAGUAAAGAGAAUGUCCGCCAUGACUCGCCUUAG